CUCUCAAGUGUUUACCUAAAUUUUGGUGUAUCAUUUUAUUAUUACAGUUUUGUGUGUGUGUGUGCACUUAUGCAGACGGUGUGGGCACCUGAUUCAAUGUGGGCCCAUGAGCAUGCUGGAGUUGCACCUCAUGAAUCGUUCCUUAGGAACCACCUGCCCUGUGUUUCCAUAGAGUGACUCUGACCUGCCUUGCUGUUAGGCUAGGCCGGCUGCCUAUGAGCCUCAGGUACCCUCCUGUCCCCCUCCCUAGGUUAUGCUUGGGUUUAGUUUACUUCCAAGUUGUCCUUUCUUUGGGGGUUUGUUUUCUUGAGGUCUUAAUUGAAAUCAAGGGAUGGUUCACCUAGUCUUUCUGACACUGUGACACUUUGCCUUUAGUGUUGAGGGCUGCCUGCCUAAGUACAGUGCACCCUCUCAGGAGCCUGCCUAAGUACAGUGCACCCUCUCAGGAGCCUGCCUAAGUACAGUGCACCCUCUCAGGAGCCUGUCUAAGUACAGUGCACCCUCUCAGGAGCCUGCCUAAGUACAGUGCACCCUCUCAGGAGCCUGUCUAAGUACAGUGCACCCUCUCAGGAGCCUGCCGAAGUACAGUGCACCCUCUCAGGAGCCUGCCGAAGUACAGUGCACCCUCUCAGGAGCCUGCCGAAGUACAGUGCACCCUCUAGGUGCCUGUCUAAGUACAGUGCACCCUCUCAGGAGCCUGCCUAAGUACAGUGCACCCUCUCAGGAGCCUGCCGAAGUACAGUGCACCCUCUCAGGUGCCUGCCUAAGUACAGUGCACCCUCUCAGGAGCCUGCCGAAGUACAGUGCACCCUCUCAGGAGCCUGCCGAAGUACAGUGCACCCUCUCAGGAGCCUGCCGAAGUACAGUGCACCCUCUCAGGAGCCUGCCUAAGUGCAGUGCACCCUCUCAGGAGCCUGUCUAAGUACAGUGCACCCUCUCAGGAGCCUGCCUAAGUACAGUGCACCCUCUCAGGUGCCUGCCUAAGUACAGUGCACCCUCUCAGGAGCCUGCCGAAGUACAGUGCACCCUCUCGGGUGCCUGCCUAAGUACAGUGCACCCUCUCGGGAGCCUGCCUAAGUACAGUGCACCCUCUCGGGAGCCUGCCUAAGUACAGUGCACCCUCUCGGGAGCCUGCCUAAGUGCAGUGCACCCUCUCGGGAGCCUGCCUAAGUACAGUGCACCCUCUCGGGUGCCUGUCUAAGUACAGUGCACCCUCUCAGGAGCCUGCCUAAGUACAGUGCACCCUCUCAGGAGCCUGUCUAAGUACAGUGCACCCUCUCAGGAGCCUGCCUAAGUACAGUGCACCCUCUCAGGAGCCUGCCUAAGUCCAGUGCACCCUCUCAGGAGCCUGCCUAAGUCCAGUGCACCCUCUCAGGAGCCUGUCUAAGUCCAGUGCACCCUCUCAGGAGCCUGUCUAAGUCCAGUGCACCCUCUCAGGAGCCUGCCUAAGUCCAGUGCACCCUCUCAGGUGCCUGUCUAAGUACAGUGCACCCUCUCAGGAGCCUGCCUAAGUCCAGUGCACCCUCUCAGGUGCCUGUCUAAGUACAGUGCACCCUCUCAGGAGCCUGCCUAAGUACAGUGCACCCUCUCAGGAGCCUGUCUAAGUCCAGUGCACCCUCUCAGGUGCCUGCCGAAGUACAGUGCACCCUCUCAGGAGCCUGCCGAAGUACAGUGCACCCUCUCAGGAGCCUGCUUUGAUUGGGCAUCAGUUUCCAGGAUAAAGAGCCCUAGGGUGCCUCACUCUCCGUUUUGGAUUCCUAGUCUCUUUUGGACAGUGACUGCUCAUUCCUUAGUCUCUUGUUAGUUCUUGGAUAUACCCUUUAAAAAAGUUGUGUUGUUUACAUACAAUAAUGCUUACUAGUCUUGGAUAUAUACAUCCAAGAAUUUUACACUAUAAAAAUCCGAGAAUUUUUAUAGUGUAACUAACGCUGUCCAAUCCAUAGAGUAUUUCUGGUGCUCCAGGGGGUUAUUGCAGUUGUUUUUCAUCAGUAUCGUCUUCCUGUUUGAAUUUACCCAGGACUUAAUUUCUGUCACCAUAGGUUAGUUUUAGAUUUUUAGUUUUCCAAAGAAACAAUGCCAUGCAACAUCCACUGGUUUGUGUUUGGUUUCUUUCAUUCAGCAUUGUAUUCCUGAAGCGAAUUUUAUUUAUGUUGUAUGUAGCUGUUUCUUUUUGUUGUCCAGUAUUUGUUUUAGUUACUCUGGCUACCUGGAAAGUUGUUCACGACUAACUAACGCUUAAGCCAGUGGCAACGUUUGCUUUGCUCACAGCUCUGCACUUUGGGCAGUGUUCAUGUGACUCACUCAGUGUCAGGUUGGUCUGUCUGAAGACCACACCUGCUGUUGUAUAAAGGGCUGGUUCUGUGUCAGAUCAGUGAUAGGACACUGAGGUGCAGCCUUAGACAGUAUGGCUUGAGUUGUUUGCAUGAGCUGUGUGACUCCAUUCCAAGAAUAGAGAGGUUGCGGGUGAGCCACAAAGAAGCUACGUUGUCCUUGUCGCUUGGACUUGGCACUCCUGUGCUAUUAAUGCCUAUGGUAUAGUAAUUACUCCUUGAGACAGUUAUAAGAUGCUCGCCUGUAAAGAAAGAGGGAAAUGGCCCUGGUUUUUGACUAGGAGGGACAAGAUUCUAAAAAAAAAUCAGGCAGGAUCAUACUGCAGUAACUAGCAUCAGAAAAUAGAGAUUGCUACAUUGGUGGCCUAGUCCAUUCUACGUUUAAUAAGCAUCUGGACUGAUCUCAGUUACUCGCUGCUAUAAUACAGCUACUGUGAACAUUCGUACUUGUGUAUUUGUUGGCUAUAUAAAUGCCUUCCUUUUGGCUACCCUAGAAGUGGAAUUGUUCACCAAUAGGUAGAUAUUCAGUUAGCUUUAGUAGUCGCUUAGCAAACAUUGUUCAAAGUGUUGGUGUCACUUUAUCUCCUUGGUAUUCUUAAUGUCUUAAAACUACCUGUGGUGUGGAUUGCUUGGGCAGCCAUUGUCUCACAGGGAGACAGGUGGCCUACAUCUACCAGGGCCUCCUUUCUUCUUUCCUUUUCUUCUUUCUCGAAUGUGUAUAGUUCAUGUGCGUGUGUGUGUGUGUGUGUGUGUGUGUGUGUGCGCCCAUGUUCUCAUGUGUGGGUACACAUAUGUGAAGGACCAAGGCCGGUGUCACUUUGCCUUAUUCACUGACACUGUGUCUCAGCUGAACCAGUUAGCUAGUUCUGUUGGUUUUAAGCUAGCCAUUGUGCUCCAGUGAUUCCCAUGCCACGCCCACCUGUCAUCUCUUGGGUUCUGAUGACCCUAACUUCAUACAGGCACAAUUUCUUAACCCCCUGAGCCAUCUCCCCAGCCCAUGAGGCUUUCAUACACUAUACCCAGGUAGAUGCUUAGUUACUGGAAAGAAGAGAUUAUGUAGAAGGGUGUGAUUGUGAAGUUCUAGGGCAGUUUUCAAAACAGUAGUGUAUGGUAUGUAUUCAAAGAGCAUUGCAUUGGUUACUGAAGCGAGCUUUUUGGAUUUUAAUUUAUUUCUUUUAGGAAUUUCUUUCAAAGGUGUUAACAAUGUAUAUUUGUAUACAUUGUAUAACAAAUAUGUAUAAGCAUAUUUGGUUGAUUGUCAGAACUUUUUAGUGUCAAUUUGAACUCUAAGAUCAUUCUGCAGACUUGCUUGGGGCUUAUUUUCCUGACUAGCAGCAGAGCCCUCUCUCCAAGGGUAGAACUUUGCUGUCAUUGAGGGUUGCCAGAAGAGCACUGCAUAGACGCUGAGACUUAGUGGUGCAUUUACAGUCUCACUGGGAGUUACUGUUCCGUCCCCCUCCGUCAACUCAGUCUUCCCUAGCCUCUUUAAUCACCGUUUUAGACUGGUUUGUCUUCAGCUCAUACCUCCUUUACUGUGAUAGUUGAGUUCUUGGUCCUGCUUCUGCUAAGGAGAUGAGACGCUUUCUCAGCUUCUCCUUUAAUUUGGGUUAGUCUUAAAGUCAUAAAUAACACAAGUUACAAAUAGAACUUCAAUAUUGUGUUUCAACUUCCUUAUUUUAUGAGCCCAAAAAUGUACCAGGACUAUUAAUGCGCACAUCAACUUUAUAUUUAGUUUACCAGGGCACCUUUCACACAGGGUCCCAUGAUAUUCCUGGGUGCCAGUCAGCCUGGAAAGUUUAACUGUGACGUUUGCACACACAGGCCCAGGGAGGCCAAGAGGACCUUGCUGUUGCAGCUUCCUUGUGAGGCCUUGCAUGCAGCCGACCACCGUCUUGCUGGCUUCCAGUUUCAUACAUACUACCCUUCAGAUCGCUGUACUUGCAUCCUUUGGCUCAACAGGAUAUGUAUUCCUCUGAGAAACCCUGGACAGCAGAUCUUGGUUUAAUACUGGAUUGGAACAACACCCACAGAGGUUUGCAGUCAUGAAUUCCGACCAGGAUGUAGCACUCAAACUUGCUCAAGAACGAGCUGAAAUAGUUGCUAAAUAUGACAGAGGGCGGGAAGGUGCAGAGAUCGAGCCCUGGGAAGAUGCUGAUUAUCUUGUUUACAAAGUCACCGAUAGAUUUGGCUUUUUACAUGAGGAGGAGCUCCCAUACCAUAAUGCAGCUGCGGACCGGCAAAAGCAACUGGAAAUCGAAAGGACUUCCAAGUGGCUGAAAAUGCUGAAAAAAUGGGAGAGAUACAAGAACACCGAGAAGUUUCAUCGACGAAUUUACAAAGGAAUUCCACUCCAGCUCCGAGGUGAAGUCUGGGCUCUUCUUCUUGAGAUCCCUAAAAUGAAAGAAGAAACAAGAGACCUUUAUAGUAAAUUAAAACACAGAGCACGGGGUUGUUCACCUGAUAUCAGACAAAUAGACCUUGACGUGAACCGCACAUUCAGGGACCAUAUUAUGUUUAGAGACAGAUACGGUGUUAAGCAACAGUCCUUAUUCCAUGUUCUCGCUGCUUAUUCUAUCUAUAAUACGGAAGUCGGGUACUGCCAAGGGAUGAGUCAGAUCACGGCCUUGCUCCUCAUGUACAUGAACGAGGAAGACGCCUUCUGGGCCCUGGUCAAGCUCUUCUCGGGCCCCAAGCACGCAAUGCACGGUUUUUUUGUCCAAGGUUUUCCUAAACUCUUGAGAUUUCAAGAACAUCAUGAGAAAAUUCUGAACAAAUUUUUGUCCAAACUUAAGCAGCACUUGGAUUCUCAAGAAAUCUACACAAGUUUUUACACAAUGAAAUGGUUUUUUCAGUGUUUCCUUGAUCGAACUCCCUUCAGGCUGAACCUCAGGAUAUGGGACAUCUAUAUCUUUGAAGGAGAGCGAGUCCUUACUGCUAUGUCUUACACAAUCUUGAAACUACACAAAAAGCAUCUGAUGAAGUUGUCUAUGGAAGAACUUGUAGAAUUUCUUCAGGAGACUCUCGCCAAGGAUUUUUUCUUCGAGGAUGAUUUUGUAAUAGAGCAACUUCAAGUUUCUAUGGCAGAACUAAAGCGGGCAAAGUUAGAUCUCCCAGAGCCUGGUAAGGAGGAUGAAUAUCCAAAGAAACCCUUGGGGCAGCUUCCACCUGAGUCUGCUUGUGUUAAUCACUUGAGCAACGGACAAAGAAGUGUUGGCCGGCCCAGCCCCAAAACAAGCAGCAGGAGAGAAGAUGGAUCGCCUCGCAAGAACCAUGAGCACUCUCCUGUCCAUCACAGUAGAAACGGCACACCAGAAAGAGCCGGCCAGUCACGGCGGAAGUCCGUGGAUGAGGGGAGUAAAAAUCUCAAGCAUGAGGCAGAGUCUCAGAGAAAACCUUCACCGGGUAUGCAGGACAGUUCCAGACACUAUAACCAUGCAGCUGCUAACCAAAAUAGCAAUGCAAUUUCAAACGUCAGGAAGGAAUUUAUGCCCAAGUGGAGAAAACCAUCAGAUGCCUCAGCUAUUGAAAGAACUACUAAAUAUGCCGUCGAAGGCAAAAGUCACUCAGCUCUUCCCGCUCUUCCCGUCGCCAUCCCAGGCUCUGCUGAGACCCGAUUGCCAAACUCAAGGCAGAAGAUGAAGGCUUUGGAUGGGGGUGAAGGGAAGCGGGGUUCUAACGCUUCCCAGUAUGACAACGUGCCUGGGGGUGAGAGUGAGCAUGGGGCAUCUGCGGAAGAGGGACCAGAGCGGACUCACCCUCACAGUCCAAGGAAGCACCCGGAGCCAAGUCCCAGUCCUCCAAAAGUACCCAACAAGUUUACGUUUAAAGUGCAGCCUCCCAGCCAUGUACGAUACCCACCCCAGCUACCAGAGGAGGACCACAGAGCUGCAUAUCCACCCUCCUACAGCAACCCCCCUGUCUACCAUGGAAAUUCUCCAAAACACGUCCCUACUGCUCACAGUGGUUUUGUGUCUACACAGAUCAGCCCCAGGCCUCAAAUUAACCCUUCCAGGAGACCUUACGGUUCCUCUCUUUCAGUUGACACUUCUCCAGAGAAAGCCUACAGCCGCCCAACUCCUGUUGUUCUGCCCUCUAGUCGAAUUGAAGUCCUUCCCAUUGACAUGGGUGCCAGGGGCUACGGCAGUUCGGGGUCACCAAAGAAUGGACAGUUCAUCCUUCCUCCGGUGGACUAUUUGCCAGAGAACAGAAAAUGGUCAGAAGUUAGUUACACAUACAGACCGGAGAUGCAUGGCCAAUCAUGGACUCGGGAUGCUCACCGUAGCCACUUAAGCAAUUUACCAAACUAUGCAGCCUUUCAGCACAUACCGUUUCAGGCCCAUGGCCUUCCAGAAGUGUCUGUAGACAGUCCAGUGAGGUAUAAGAUGUCUGCAGCUGUGGAAGAUGCCAGUCCUCCUGGGUAUCCAUAUGCAGGGCCCUCACCUUCCGCACAUCACUACAGAAAUGGAGAGGGACUUUCUGUGCAGGAAUCAGUGUUGCUGUGAGCGUGUGGCUGUAUUCACUGACAAGAGAAUAGAAACAAUAUGCCCACAUUGCUAUGUUUAUAAUUGCCAGAGCAGUAUUUUUUAUAUUGUAAACAGCGUGCGCAGCUCAGUGUGUGUCAGUGAUAAGAGUGUGGGAAGGCUUCAUCCUCUGCAGAGGCUGCUGAAGAAGAGUGGGUCAGCUGCAUCCUGGCUGAACCUUUAAUAGGGGACCCUGGGGACCCAGCAGUAGCACGAGGGCUGCACACACAGGGCGGCUCUCUGUGCUGGUCCCUUCGUAGCUCCCCAGACCCGCUCUGUUCCGUUGCUGUUAGAACAGUAGACUACUGACCGCUAUAGAGCAGAUACUCUGAGGGCCGACCCUCGCCUUUUCAUAGACAGACGAGGCAACUGCAUAUAGGUUUUGUCUUUAAAACCACCUUUAAUCUAGAUACAUAGACUAACAGUGGAUUUUUUUUAACCCUUUAUCUUUCUGCCCACCCUGCCCAAACAUAUUUUAACCCAGGUUCUAAACUGAAACUGACUAGAGAUGAAUCCAGCGCCUGACAGAAUGUCAUUCUCCUUCAGUUGCUGCCAUUUUAUCUCCUCCUGAAAGCUAAAGGCUCACCACUUGAUGGUGCCUAAAGUGGGUCGGUUACCCGAGUGAGCGGCUGCACAGUGCUCACUGAGUCCCCUCAUCUCCAGCAGUCUUGGUGCUGCUGUGCCCCGGGCUCUGGUCUGGCCGGGUGUGAGGGAAGUCAGACCUUGCAGGGCCCCAGGCCGCAGAAGAUUGCAUUUCACAGUCGUGGGGAAGCAGCUCUAACCAUAAGGAAGGCUGCUUCUCACCCUGCUUCCCCUUCUCACAGGCUUUCUCUGGCACUCGGUCUUCACAGAGCACAGUGGGUGGAUACUGCUAACACUUACUGGGCCCCGGUCGAAAUUGUGAAAAAUACCCUAAUGAUUAAUAAGGAAUUUUAAUCUAGAAUUUUGAUCUUUGUAAAAAAAGGGGAAAAAGGGUAGUUUGUUUCAUACUUUUGGAAUUUUUUUUCAGUGAAAAAUAACUGAAGUUCAUGGUUUUUAAAAAAGGUGAUGAUUCCUUUUAUGCUAUCACACACUACUGUCACCGAGACACUGACAAAGUGCUGGGUUCUCCAAGAGCGAUGGCGGCGUCUGUGUAGGUGCUCGCCCACCGUUACCCUCUUCUUGUAUCUGAAUAUCAGAAACUAGAAAGUCCAACAGUGACACUCCCCCUGCUCCAAGGUGGGGACUUAAGUUUGUGAGGUACAAGAAUAUGUUUUCAUGAAAGUAACAUUGUUUAUCUAGCAAACGUGACAAUAUUUUUAUGUAUAUAAUGAUUCUAAUCUAAGUUAAUUAAUGUGGUAAUGAUGUUAUUAAGUGUGGAAGCAAAUGCAGUAUAUUAAAGGUGAACACCACACUGAAACUCCCAACUCCUGACAGAAUAACCAGGCUCUUGAUUUAGAUCAUGUGGAAGGUGAGAUAUAAAUGUAUAUAGACAUGUAGCUGAGGAUAUUAAUUUCAGUCUUAAAGUGUGACUUGUAAGGAGCCAAGCUGUACAGUUUAGUUCAUGAUGGCAGCUCUCUGCCUCUUCAGAAAGUAUAUAUCAUAGUGGUAAAUAAUGUAGAUUAUAUAUAUACAUAUAUAUAUAUAUAUAUGCUAUAUAUGGACACACUAUUUUCUUAUGUCAUCUAUGGCAUUUUUUUAUCUGUAUACUUUUUGAUGUGGUUGAUUGUUUUUAACAUGCUAAAAGUAAUCCGUGUAUUUUGUUCUGUGUCUUCUGUGUGCAGCUUCCCCGUGGCAAGUGUGUCCUGGCCUUGCAGGGCCUGGCAGAUGCACCACGGGCUCACCAGCAGCGUUUACCCACGCUGUGCUUCUCUGCUUGCAUUUCCAGGGAGACCGUGUUUUGAACCGCAUCACCUUUCCUUGGCUUAAGCAUUCGUUACUAAUGGCAGGAAAGUCUUCCCUUCUAUAAGAUAUAUAUCUCUGUUAGCUUCAAGUAGGAAAUUUUAAUUUAAAAUUAUUUUGCCACUAUAAAAUUUUAUUUUAAAUUUAUUUUUAAAUAAAAGAAAUGAUAAGAGAAAUAAUAUUGACAAAGUGAUUCAAAAUCUAUUUAUAGAAAGGCUUGCUGGGGACAUUCCAGGCAGAUGAGCAGCCAUGCCCCAUAACGGCGUGCCCACAGUGGCCGGGCCAUGGCUUAGGCUUCCCUCAUGGUCACUUUGCCCAUUACGUCAGAAGUAAGUGUCUGGGUGUGGUAGUAUAAGUUUCUUAAGGAAUUGUCCUGCUGACCUGUAUCUAACUAAUGAACUUAAGGGUCUGGGUUUUUUUUUCUUUUGUUUGUUUGUUCAUUUUGUUCAUUUGUUUGUUUAUUUUGUUUUUAAUUAUCAAGUCUCACCCCAGACCACUUAAAUCCUAUCUUUGGUAAAACGCAGGUAUCAGAGAAGCAUAUUUCCCUUGUGUCUCUUAAUACUGUCAUCUUGAAACUCUCUCUAGGAAAAAUGCCCAAGUUGUCUUCUGUUUCUAUUGUGGGAUGUUUAAAAAUGGUUUGUUGUUGUUGUUUUGGUUUCUGAAGACAGUAUUGCUAUAUAUCCCAGUCUGACCUUACUGUGUGUUUGAGGCUAACCUAGAAAUUGAGGUGGAAAAAAAAAAAGGCCGGGCGGUGGUGGCUCACGCCUUUAAUCCCAGCACUCGGGAGGCAGAGGCAGGUGGAUUUCUAAGUUCGAGGCCAGCCUGGUCUACAGAGUGAGUUCCAGGACAGCCAGGGCUACACAGAGAAACCCUGUCUCAAAAAAAAAAAAGAAAGAAAGAAAGAAAGAGAGAAAUUGAGGUGACCCUCCCUCAGCCUCCAGAGGACUGAGAUAUGUGUGUGCACCUCCCAUCUCGCUCAGCACAGGGUUUCUGUGGGAUGAGUUUGAUUCUCUUGUUCUCACUGCUGAACUGGUGUUUAAAAUUCUUCGCAGGUCAGAAGUUUGGGAACUCAAAAGUGACAUCAGGAAAGUUAGGAAAAAGUCCACUGUCAACAUUAUCAGCUCUCCUCAUUUCGAGCUAUCUGCUAGUCACAGCUGAAUAGCUUUGAGGAAGGAGGUGUGGCCCCCUCACACCCAGACACCCAGACACUUAACCACUCCUGCAAAGCAGAUAGAGCCUUCAGUUUGCCAUUACCCACUGUGGUCUGCUUUUCAGCCUAGCAAUUUGAGCUCUCAGCAGUGAGAAGACCCCGCCCUGCCUUCAUUAGAGCUAUCAAUACUGAGUGGCUAGAACUCCAGGGACUGUGUGGGUUGCUCUGUUUUCUUACUGGAAUGCCUUCUCCGGAACUGUUGCGGUUUCAUUCUCUGUCAUCAGGGCUAUUUUCUACAGACCUUGAGCCUCAAAACCUGUUCUACCAUUGAAGGAGAGGAAGAUUGAAGUUGGCUUACAUUUCUACAGUGUUAGGGGCGUAGGAGAAUUGGGGCCAACAUCCCAUCAGAAGAUUCGUGAGUCAGUGUAGUUUAGUGUCAAAGCAGCUUGUGUUGGGGCGUGUGGGACUUGAGGAUUGGGGAUUGACAGGUUUCAUCAUCGGAUAGACAUUUGGUUAUCCAGAGAGAAUUGGUAAUUUGCCAGCGUAAGGGACCCAAAGCCACCAGUGAGUACAUGCCCCAGAGAUGGUGGCCAAGCAGAGCAGUCACCCACAAGGCAGAGUUACUCGUGAGAAAGGGCAGCAGUGUUGUGUGCAUCUGUCAGUCAGGUUGUAUGGGCUGGAGGCUGGCAGGUCUGCAUGGUAGGCUGAGUUUGCUGUCCAAUAGCUGUGUGACUUUGGGCAAGUCCCAGUCACCUUCCUGGCCUCACUGUCCUCAGCUGUAACCUGGGCAUUUGAGAGGUACAGGCAGAAGAGAAGACAAUCAUGGUCUGAUUAGUUGAGUGACAGGAGUUAACAGUGAUAGUGGUUUGAGCUUUGUGUCUGUGACUCUUGUCUUCAUGGAGAUUCCAUUCUGACCCACUUCCUCAUGUCUAAACUGAAGGUGGGGUGUUUUUUUGUUGUUGUUGGUUUGGUUUGGUUUUGGUGUUAGCUUUGUUGUUGUUCGGUUGGUUUUUGAUUGUUGCAUUUUUCCUGUUUCUUAGGAUUGAGUUGAUUGGUUUGACGUGUUUGGUUCAGUGUCACGCACUGAUACAUGUUCUCUGUAAUUACAUGUCACCACACCAGGCUUUAGUGGCCAGGAGGGAUUUGACCUUGUUCCCAAGGGAUUGAGAGUCUAGUGAGCAGCCCAGGGGCAAAGGCAGUCAACUUGCAUGUGAUACAAGACAGGCCAGGCAGAGCUGGUGUGACUUGAGGUGGCGCCAGCCUCUCAGGCAUGGUGGCUGGGUUGGUGAUAUACAGUGCAGCAGAGCUGCCCUCAGACGUGGGACUGCAGAGUCUGUUUGGAUUUGACACGGGGAGUCCUUGCUGACCUCCUGUCUCCCUAGAGCACAAACAGGAGGGGGCAAGCCCCUUGAAGGUUUGGAUGGGAUGAGAUGGACAGUUACUGUAAUGAAGGACAAAGGGAACCAGGGACGGGGAGGAGGCAUAGUCUGUGGUGACAGACAAUGCUAAGGAGGGAUCGCUUUGCCUGCCGGGUUCUCAAGGCUCUCUACAGGUUGCCUCUUGUACUCAGAAGUAUUAAACACUGAUUAUUAAACCUUCUGCGAUGCAGCCUUGACUUAUUUGUGGGAAAUCGCAAUCAGAGUACAAAGCAGGGAGAUGGAGCAGAUUGCACACGAGCAUCAACUUGGUAGAGCAGCUGUUCAAACACUGCCAUCAUGAGCCAUACAGGAGGAGCCCAGAACAAGGAAAGGGUCCAUGUGCACGAGUGGGGGUGGAGAGGACUCUGCCACAUGAUAAAUGUCACGUGGCAGCAAGCAACGACUUGAGGGAGUUAAGGACCUCUGGUACUGAUGAGUGGCUGCAGUCUUGGCAGGUGGCAGAGUCCUUCUGGGAUUCAAUUUUCAGAUGUAUGCCCAAUGGCAGCCGGCAGAGUCUGAACACAGUUCUCUCUGCUCCAUAUUCUGAGGGUAGGGCGCCCCGCCCUAGGCUGCUUGCCACCUCUGCGGGGACCUUGGGGGUCAAGUGGUGGGAAAGCACAGGUGAGUAGGAAGACCCUGUUUAGGGAGCAGACAGGAGUGGGAAGGACCAGCAACCAUGUGUUUACCUACUUCUGUGGCAAGGACCAAAAGAAGUGGUACCCAGAGCCAUGAGUGCCAUAAAGCAAUCACCUUGGCCCAAAGAUGGCUCUCAAGAGAAAAGAUGGGACUUGGAGUGGCCAUGUGUUGGGUGUAGCCAUGAGAACAGGCGGAGGGAGGCUUACAACCAUGAGAGGCCAGACAGCUGUCAAGUGCUGAUGUGGGUACGGACAGCUGACUCUGAGGCCAUAAAGACAGACCUACCGGAGCAGUGUGAAAAUGGUACCUGUGAGCAGCACUCUAGUCACCUUUGAGACAGAGUCUCGGUGGUUCUCUGCGUUUGUCAGGUUGGCACAGUGAUCCAGAGGCCAUUAAGUCUGCACAGUAGCAUGAAGUUGGCAUGAAGUUAACAAGGCUCUGGGCUUGAGGAGCACGCUUGGGAGCCUCGGGUUUCCCGAAGCCUUGCUAGACUCAGGCUCAUGAUGUCACAGAUUUUCCUGACAAUGACUAGAGCAUGGGCCCUCAGUGAGACAGGUGGAUGUUUCACUAGGGAAGGGGCUAAUGUCACUGUUAAGGAGUUUUUUUCCUAUUUAAAUGAGCAAAAUACCCUGUGCAAAUGGGCCAAUAGUAUAGAAGCUCACAAAGAUGGACCUAAAACGAAACACUUUUACCAAACCUGCUCCAAAUCCCCAUCCAACAGAGACCUGAAAUGUAAGUGGCUGGCAACAGUGGCGUUCUAAAAUGUGGGCAUUUCCAGAAUCAGAAUCUACAUAUUACAUGAUCAGGUCCAGCCAUACAUGUUAAAGGAUGUUUUGCGCUGUUCUUUUCAACAGAGCAAAACAAAACAAGAAACCCAGAACCUGAGUGAGUUUGGAUAUAUGACAGGAUAGGGUGCGCUACACUCAUAUAAAGGAAUUCUCCUGCUUUUACAAUGUGUAGGUAGUUUUAUAUGCACUGAUGGUUUUAUAUGAUACCUGCGUUUUUGCUGACUGAUGUCACAGAAAGUGUUCCCUGACUCCAGUUGGCCUGCGACGACAGGUCUGCCUCAGCAGCACGCUCUCAGGACUGGGGAUGAGGGUGGCUUAGAGACUGAGCUAUCAGGAAGGUUAGGAGACGUUCCUUUUGCAAAGACUUUGAGAGCAAGCAGUGGUUGGCUCACAAUGUCCUAUAACUCCAGUUCUACAUUCCAGCCUCUGAAGUGCAUAUCCAGGGGCAAGCAUUGCAUACAUAAGACAUCUUAAUCGGGGAAACACACUUUAAGUUUGGCUUUUAGCAUGUUAAAAAGUGAUGCCCAGUGACUAAGACUUUGAAAAACAUAAUAAUGACUAAAAUGAUUUAAAGGCAGAUAUCUCAGAAAUAUGAAGACCUUAAAACAUUGAGAAUCUUAGAUCAUAUAUGCUCCAUUCUAAAUAAACCAGUGUUGGACCUAA